UCUGUUCCGCUCCAGACCCAGAGGCGGAAGUAAAGCCAUCUCCAGCUCAUCGGUACAGUACAGGUUGCUGUUGGUGGCUUGCUGCUACUGUGCUUUUUUUUUUUUUUAGAAGCUGGUCUGGGUGACUUUGAUGUAUAGCGGAGUCCAGUUUUCGCGCAGCUUCUUGCAGAAAUGUCAUUGUGGGAGGAAGAGGGAUGGGAAGAACCCUUGGAAUGGAACUUGUGGAAUGACCAUGGUUUUGAGUUAAGGAAGAUUCACCUGGGUUCUAACCCCACGUUUCACCCAGCUAAGGCAAGGAAGCUGUUUUCCAGUUUUUUCUAGAGGAAUUUAAAAUCAUCUUAAGACAAAUGAGCAUUCCAAAAGGUUGGGGCUACUUGACCAUGAUGGCACCACGGAACCUUUUGGAUAUGAGAAGUAACUUUCUCUUUGGUUCAAGAUGUUGGAUGAUCCGAUUUUCAUCAGAAAUCCUCUUCAAAUCAGUUUCAUUUAGGCUUUUUGGUGUGAAGUGUGGUGAUGAAGACAGAGAGCCUUUGGAGAAUGAGCUACUUAAUAACUUACUUAUUAUGGGAGUAGAUGUUGACAUGGCGAAGAAACGACAGCCUGGUGUUUUCAAUAGGGUGGGUAUUAAUGAGCAGGACCUGAAGAUGUUCCUUCUGUCCAAAGGAGCCAGCAAAGAAGUGAUUGCUAGCAUCAUAUCAAGAUAUCCACGAGCCAUAACACGCACACCUGAAAAUCUAUCAAAACGGUGGGAUCUGUGGAGAAGAAUUAUGACAUCAGACCUUGAAAUUGUAAAUAUUUUGGAACGUUCUCCUGAAUCCUUUUUUCGGUCUAAUAACAACCUAAACCUAGAGAAUAAUAUAAAGUUCCUCUACUCAGUUGGACUGACCCGUAAAUGCCUUUGUCGAUUAUUGACCAAUGCCCCGCGUACCUUUUCCAAUAGUCUUGAUUUGAAUAAACAGAUGGUUGAAUUUUUGCAAGAAGUCUGUUUAUCUUUAGGUCACAGUGAUCCCAUAGAUUUUGUUAGGAAGAUAAUUUUUAAAAACCCUUUCAUUUUAAUUCAGAGCACGAAACGGGUCAAAGCUAACAUUAAGUUUUUACAGUCAACUCUCAACCUGAACAAUGAGGAGCUGCUUGUUCUGAUAUGUGGCCCAGGAGCUGAAAUCCUAGACCUUUCCAAUGACUAUGCCAAAAGAAACUACGCAAAUAUCAAAGAGAAGCUCUUUCUUCUUGGGUGUACUGAAAAAGAAGUACAGAAGUUUGUCUUGAGCUAUCCAGAUGUGAUCUUCUUGGGAGAGAAAAAGUUUAAUGAUAAAAUAGAUUGCCUUAUAGAAGAAAAAAUUAGCAUUUCAAAAAUAAUUGAAAAUCCUCGGAUUUUAGAUUCAAGCAUAAGUACUUUAAAAAGUCGAAUCAAAGAAUUGGUAAAUGCUGGUUAUAACUUGAGUACAUCAAAUAUUGCUCUUCUAUCUUGGAGUCAAAAAAGAUAUAAAGCCAAAUUGAAAAAGUUAAACACUUGUUAGAACAUUGUUCUGGGGAGUUAAAAAAAUCCUAAAAUGUAGAGAGAUCACUUCAUUUUGAAUUUGGGCCUUUUAAAAAAAGUUCGAUUUCUUAACCACGUAAUACAUAUAUGAUGAUCCUUUGUAUAUUUUAAAAGUUUAUAAAACUCAUCGUCGGUAUGCUCCAAGUAAAGUGUUGCCAGGUACCUUUUCUCUAGUUUGCAUUAAUACAAUAUCCUAUUGUAUGAUAAAGGCUAUGUAAAUGGUACUUCCUAAGCACCAAGGCAGAACAAUGUGUAGAAAGAUAGAAAAUACAAAGUAAGCUGCUUUAUUUUUUGGUUUCCAUUCAGUUUAAAAAAUUGACAGAUUUAUUUAGAUCCAUUUCCUUUUAUGGUUUUGAAUGGCAACCUAUUUCUCCUUUUCCUACAUAUUUAAUUAUGGUUCAUGUUCAAAAUAGAAUACUAGUAAAAAUCUGACAAAACAGGAGUGAUUUUUCAUCCUACAUUCUUUAUUUAAACCAUUAAUAUCCCCACCUCCACCCCUUAGGCUCAGUUUAAUAUAGGAAUAUCCUGAUUUCUUUGAAGACACGGGCAACUGUGGUAGGCAGAAUAAUGGCCACCCAAAGUUGUCAAUGUCAUAAUUCCUAGAACCUGUGAAUGUAUUAUGUUAUGUUACAUUGCAAAAAGACUUAGAUGCGAUUAAAGACCUUGAGAUGGAGAGAUUACUCGGAUUAUCUGGGUAGGCCCAGUGUAAUCAUAAGUGCCCUUAAAAGUGGAAGAAGGAGGUAAAAGGUCAGAAAUGAUUUGAUGUUAGAAGGACUUGACUCACUCUUACUGUCUUUGAAGGAGAAAGGGGCCAUGAGCCAAGGAAUGCAGGUGGCCUCUACAAAAUCGAAAAGACAAGGAAACAUUCUCUAGCUCCUUCAGAAGGAAAUACAGCCCUGCCAGGGCCUUGAAUUAAGCCCAGUGAGACCCAUGUCAAACUUCUGACCUACAGAACCCUAAAAUAAUAAAUUUGUGUUGUUUUAAACCUCUGAGUGUGUGAUAAUUUGUUACAGCAGCAAAUAGAAUAACAACUAAAUAGACUAUUAGUUGCAUUGUAGGUGAAGUCACAAAAUAUAGUUCUUUCAGUAUCAUGUCUGUAUUUCUUCCUCGUAUAAUUACUUUUUUUAUCCAACUGUUUUUCUGGAAUGGCUUAUAAGUUAGUGUUUGUAAAGUCCUCUCAAUGUAUGGAUAAAAAACUAAAUAUGAGUAAUAAAAUCUAAAAAUA